UAAAAGACCAGCCACCGCCAGCACUCCACUAUAUACACAACCUCAGGCGGGUCCAUGCCAGCUUAACGCGGCGGCAGGGCAGCCAUGGAGAGGGAGUCGGCGCCGGCGACGGCGGAGCUCGAGAUCCCGGGGGAGUGCCAGUACUCCGGCGAGCCGGCGGUGGUGCGGCCGUGCCAGCCCACGCCGCGGCACACGCUGUACCUGUCCAACCUCGACGACCAGCGGUUCCUCCGCUUCUCCAUCAAGUACCUCUACGUGUUCGCCGCCCCCGCCGCCGUGCCCACCGACGCCCUGCGCGCGGCGCUCGCCAGGGUGCUCGUCGACUACUACCCGCUCGCCGGCCGCCUACGGCCCAGCGACGACGACGAGGGGAAGCUCGUCGUGGACUGCAAUGCCGAGGGGGCGCUCUUCGCCGAGGGGUGCCUGCCGGGGCUCACCGCCGCCGAGUUCCUCCGCCGCCGCGCCAGGCCGCACAAGUCAUGGAGGAAGCUUCUCUACAGGGUGGAGGCGCAGAGCUUCGUCGCCGUGCCACCUCUCGUCGUCCAAGUCACCCGGCUGGGCUGCGGCGGCAUGGUCCUCUGCACAGCCAUCAACCACUGCCUCUGCGACGGCAUCGGCACGGCGCAGUUCCUCCACGCCUGGGCCCACGCCGCGCGCGCCGGCCACGGCGCUCUGGACGCCGUCGACAUCGGCGACGGCUCCGCCAUGCUGGCGCCGCCGUUCCAUGACCGCCGCGCCCUGCGCCCGCGCUGCCCGCCGCGCGUCGCCUUCACCCACCCGGAGUACAACAGCUGCGGCGGCAUCGGCGCCGUCGCCAACGGCAACGGCAACGGGAACGGGAGCGAGGCGCCGAGCCUCCUGGCGCGCCUGCUGGGUCAGUCGCUGGCGCCCGUGACGCUCACCUUCACGGCGGCGCACCUCCUCCGGCUGAAGCGCCAGUGCGCGCCACCGCUCAAGUGCACGUCCUUCGAGGCCCUGGCGGCGCACGUGUGGCGCGCGUGGGUGCGCGCCCUGGACCCGCCCGGCGCGCUCCGCGUGAAGCUCCUCUUCUCCGUCAACGUCCGCCGCCGGGUGAAGCCCGAACUGCCCCGGGGUUACUACGGCAACGGGUUCGUGCUCGGGUGCGCCGAGUCCACGGCGGCGCAGCUGGUCUCUCCCUCCCCCUCCGCCGCCGCCCGCUACGGCGUGCGGCUGGUGCAGGAGGCCAAGGAGUGCGUGGACGACGACUACGUGCGGUCCAUGGUGGACCUCCUCGAGGAGCGGCGCGGCGCCCGGCCGGACCUGGCGGCGAGCCUGGUGAUCUCGGCGUGGACGCGGCUGGGGCUCGAGGACCUGGACUUCGGCGCGGGGGCGGCGGCGCACAUGGGCCCGCUCACCAGCGAGAUCUACUGCGUGUUCGUCCCCGUGAUCGGCGACCCGCACGGCGCCACCGUGCUCGUCUCCGUCCCGCAGGCCGCCGCCGACCGGUUCCAGCACUACUGCCUCGGGUUUCUCAAGGACGCCGACGUGGACGCGAAGCUGAUGAGCUGAGCUGAUUGAGCUUGUCGAUGAGUGAAUUAAGAAUACUAAUUACUCCGAUCGAAAAGGGUUGAACGAAAGAUCAUCUGGUGAAGAUCGAUCGUGAUGAUGCAUGAAUGCACACUCCAGUAGCAAUCAACUGUUGUAAAUCGAGCACCUUUUUGUGUGAUCAACAUCAACUAGCUCCCUCGCUCGUGGUAGUUUAUUUGCCGGCAAUCAUGGCGCUCAUCUUGCAUUGUCGCUCCAAUAAAGCUGUACUGUUAUGUUGGAGAAAUCAUGGCGACAUGAGUGGAAA